AUGGAAGUCGGACUUUCAGGCGAGGAUGAGGACCAGGAUGAUGAAGGGUCGAUUUGGGAUACUCUUGUUGAUUUGCCGACUGUGCCAGCUUGUCAUUUUGAUCAUUUUGAAACGACUGACUUCCCAAUGGUUUUCAGUGCUGAAGGAGGUGCUGCACCUCAUUCGGACACGACCCUUGAUUCUCCUCAGUGGUGGAAUAACAAUUUCGAUCUUCUGAAUGAAACUUCACUGGAUAACUUCCUACCUCCUGAAAGUGCUGCUUCAGGCGAGCUUCCUGAUGAGUUGGAAACGUUCGGAGAUUUUAUUCAGGGUAUGGCACCUGCUGCGGCUGCCAAUGCAGAGGGAAUUGAGGAAGCAAGUGUUUCAGUACCAUCAACUAGGGAACCACGAGUGGCAGAGUUUGAAGAAGCCGAAAUGCCUUCACUUGACUACAUUGUGGUUUCUUCUGAUGGAAUGUAUCAUUGCCCCUAUCAAGGAUGCAAAUCAAAGAAGGGAUAUGAGAAGCUAGGCCUUCUGAGGUAA